AUGUUGUUCCAAUACACCAGCAUCGACCGAAGCACCAUCCGCCUCAUCCGCUUCCUCCCCUACAGCACCCCUUCCAAUAUCUACCUCUCCCUCGAACACCUUCCGUACUACUACCACCACCAACAACACCCUCCCCACCCCUCCCUCAAAUACAAUGCCCUGAAAAUCUCCCCUCCUCCUCCUCCGUCUCAACCAGAAGAAGACCGCAAACCCCUCACUCUAGCCGGUCGCACUUUUCUCGUCCCUUCCCCUCUCUGGGACGCUCUGAGUAGCAUGGUGGAUCGGAAAUUCGAGCUUGCGACGCCGCUCUGGGCGGAGUAUGUCUGUGUGAAUCAACAGGAUGAGGACGAAAAGUAUGUGCAGGAGGCGCAGAAGGGGAGGAUUCUGCGGUGCGCGCGCAAGGUUCUCGUGUGGAAUGGUGUGGCGGUUGAGGAGGAGGAGGAGGAGGAGGAGCAUUUAUGA